AUGCCCAUCAUCAGCAACGCCAACCAUGACUUCAGCAACCUGUCGGUCAGCGAUGACAGCAGCCUCGACCGCAUCUUCACCGAGAUCCCUGAGACCGAGACCAUCAAGGGUGUGUACUACCAGAGGGCUCAGUUCAUCAAGCGGCCAGAGGACCUGGUGUCGGUCGACCACGGCCUGCUGGCGGUGAUCAACGUUGGGGGGAAUCGCUACACCUUCCCUUGGAGCACCCUGGAGCAAUUCCCCCUCACCCGACUGGGCCGACUCUCCGGCUGCCGGUCCCCCGAGGACAUCGCCAGCGUCUGUGACGACUAUGACGAAACGUACAAGGAGUUCUUCUUCGACCGCUCGCCGUCCGCCUUCAGGGUCAUCCUCAACUUCCUGGCCGCGGGGAAGCUGCGCCUGCUGCGGGAGAUGUGCGUCCUGUCCCUGCACGACGAGCUGACCUACUGGGGGGUGGAGAUGACUUACAUGGAGCGCUGCUGCAAGAGGAAGAUGUACACGCGCAUCGAGGAGGUGAACGAGCAGGAGCGUCGCGAGGAGGAGUGCCGGCAGAGGAACGCCAUGCAGCGGGUGCCGGUGGUGGAGACGAACUACCGUAAGGUGAUGAACUGGCUGCGAGACACGAUGGAGAAUCCACAAUCUGGUUUACCGGGGAAGAUCUUCGCCUGCAUGUCGGUGAUCAUGGUGGUGGUGACUGUUGUCAGCUUGUGCAUCAGCACCAUGCCCGACCUCAGAGAGGAAGAAGACAGGGGCGAGUGUUCCUCCAAGUGCUACAACAUGUUCAUCAUAGAGACGGUGUGUGUGGCCUGGUUUUCCCUGGAGUUUGUCCUGCGCUUCAUUCAGGCCCCCAGCAAGCUGGACUUCCUCCGGGGGCCACUCAACAUCAUCGACGCCAUGGCCAUCCUUCCCUACUACGUGUCCCUGUUGGUGAGUGAGGAGGACCCGGACCUGGAGCAUGAGCGGCCAGGAGGAGGUAAGGGCUACUUAGACAAGCUUAGCCUCGUGCUGAGGAUCCUGCGGGCGCUGAGGAUCCUCUACGUGAUGCGCUUGGCCCGCCACUCUCUCGGCCUGCAGACGCUCGGGCUGACGGUCAGGCGCAGCACCCGGGAGUUCGGCCUCCUCCUGCUGUUCCUCUGCGUGGCCGUCACCCUGUUUUCCCCGCUGGUCCACCUGGCCGAGAGCGAGCUCACGGGCACCCAUGACUUCAGCAGCAUCCCUGCCUCCUACUGGUGGGCUAUUAUCUCCAUGACCACUGUAGGCUACGGCGAUAUGGUACCGAGGUCCAUUCCAGGGCAGGUGGUAGCACUGAGCAGCAUCCUCAGUGGGAUCCUCAUCAUGGCCUUCCCUGCUACCUCCAUAUUCCACAUGUUCUCUCGCUCCUACCAAGAGCUCAAGAUGGAGCAUGACCGACUCUUUAAGGAAGAGUGCGCGGCUGCCGCAGCUGCUGCUGCCGCUGCCUCCGGGGAGCUGCCGGAGGCGGCGGGGGAGGGAGGGGUUGGGGCCUCAGCUCCACCUGGUCUGGGAUUACAUCUAGACAAGCAGACUGUGCACUCACUGGAGUCGCUGGCUCUGCUGGGGAAAGGUGGAGAAGCUGCAGGAAAUAACAACCACAGCCUUCCAGCAGCUGCUUUCUGA